CAACCUUAUUACAGCAGAAGCUUUGGGUUUUCUUGUUUCUGUCCUAGAUUCUCGUCCCCAUCGCCAUAAACGACCAAACACAGAAACACUUUCAUGGCUCGCAAAUUCUUUGUCGGAGGCAACUGGAAAUGCAAUGGAACAGCUGAGGAAGUAAAAAAGAUUGUUACCACAUUGAAUGAAGCUGAAGUUCCUUCCGAGGAUGUUGUGGAGGUUGUUGUAAGCCCUCCAUUUGUGUUUCUCACACUUGUGAAAAGCCUAUUGCGGUCUGAUUUCCAUGUUGCUGCUCAAAACUGUUGGGUUCGCAAAGGUGGUGCUUUUACCGGGGAAAUUAGUGCUGAAAUGCUUGUUAAUUUGGGCAUUCCAUGGGUUAUUAUUGGUCACUCUGAGAGAAGGGCUCUCUUGAAUGAAUCCAAUGAGUUUGUCGGAGACAAAGUAGCUUAUGCAGUUUCUCAAGGCGUGAAAGUGAUUGCUUGCAUCGGUGAGACUCUUGAACAGCGAGAACCGGGCUCGACCCCAAUCGCUGAGAAAGUAACAAACUGGGAAAACGUUGUUCUGGCUUAUGAACCUGUUUGGGCCAUUGGUACCGGCAAGGUCGCGACCCCUGCUCAGGCUCAAGAAGUUCAUUGCGAAUUGAGGAAAUGGCUUAAUGACAAUGUUAAUUCCGAAGUUGCUGCAUCUACUAGAAUCAUAUACGGAGGUUCUGUUAAUGGAGCAAACUGCAACGAAUUGGCUGCACAACCGGAUGUGGAUGGCUUCUUGGUUGGUGGAGCUUCUCUCAAGAUUAGCGAUGUUCUUUCUUUCAUUGUUCCACUGGUUUAAUGCCUCGUCUUAACCGUGUCCUCCGCCGUUUCCUGAAUCAGCCCGAGUUCGUCCAUAUCAUCAAGGCUACCACUGUGAAAAAGAAUUGAAGUUCAAAUCAAGGAAUCACAGCUUAAAACACAAAAAAUAGCUUUGAAACUGAGAAUAAUGUAUGAUGAACCAGUAAUUUGAGUGGAUCGCUUUCAUUCUAUCGAUCUUAUUUCGGGAUUUAUGUAAGCUAAGUCCCUUGGGCAUAAAUUUUAUCAUUGAAGUUGGGUUAAUCUUGGCCUAAUUGUGGGCAAACCUGCCGUUUCAUGCUUAA